AUGGCUCGCACGAAGCACCCGGCCACGAGGAACACGAGGCAGCAUCCGAAGAAGCAGCUCCAGUUCGACCGCGCCGGCCCCAGCACGUCGGCGACACCGGUGCGUGACCCUAGGCGAGGUGGGCGGAGGGCGGCAGGGGCGCCUGCGCAACCGAGGGUGAAGAAGCCGCACCGAUUCAAGCCAGGCACGGUCGCGCUGCGGGAGAUCAGGAGGUACCAGAAGUCCACCGAGCUGCUCAUCCCCUUCGCGCCCUUCGUCCGUCUGGUUAGGGAGCUCACUCGGGACGCGUCACUCGAAGUCACCCGCUGGACCCCUCAGGCGCUCCUCGCGUUGCAAGAGGCUGCAGAGUAUCACUUGGUAGACUUAUUUGAAAGGGCAAAUCUCUGCGCCAUCCAUGCAAAGCGUGUUACCCUCAUGCAAAAGGACAUCUAUCUCGCUAGGCGCAUCGGGGGACGAAGGUGGUGAUACCGAUGGAAUAACAUCUUUAGGAAAUAUUGUAGCUGU